UGCGAGUCCUGCGGGACUUGCAGCAAGCGUUGGGGCAGAAUUUCCCUGUUUUGGAUUGGUGGGACUGCAGCGUUCUCUUCUAUGCCGAACCCCAAGGCUAUCUGGGCUGCAAUGACCAAGGCAUGGUGACUGACAUUUUGAUAGAGCGCCAACGAUUAACCGGAUCCAUUCCAGAUUCCAUCAGUGCCUUGGACAAGCUGACCUAUCUGUAUCUUUACGGAAAUUCUCUGAGUGGGUCUAUUCCAUCCACCAUCGGUAGCCUGAGCAACCUCAAGACAUUGGAGCUAUCACAUAACAAUUUGAGUGGUUCUAUUCCAUCCACCAUCGGCAAGUUGACCAGCCUUACAUAUCUACAUCUCAGCACGAACGCUCUGAGUGGGUCUAUUCCAUCCACCAUCGGCAAAAUGAGCAACCUCAAAACAUUGCGUCUAUCACGUAACAGUUUUAGUGGUUCGAUUCCAUCCACCAUUGGCAACAUGAUCAGCCUUGAUUACCUGGAUCUAGCACGUAACAGUUUCAGUGGUUCGAUUCCAUCCACCAUCAGCAACAUGAUCAGCCUUACAUCCCUUGAUGUACGUUGGAACAAUCUCAAUGGCCAACUCCCUCCAACAAUGGGCAAUCUUACUCGACUUUCAUCCUUGUACGCAGAUUGGACUGCAAUAGCUUGCCCUCCUGACUACAACAGCUACUUAGAACCUGAUCAUCUCAACGCAGCAUCCAAGGCAGAGAAUAGGGACCCAGAAGGAGAAGCAGCUGCUGCAGCAGCUGCGGCUGUGGCUGCAGGAGCAGCGGAAUGGGUGAAGGAGAGAGACGUGGUGGUGGAGAUGGAGGCAGUGAAGCCACAUGUGAAGGAGAUGGCCAGCAAGCACCACCCCAAUCUGGUGCGCCUGUUGGGCUUCUGUGUGAACUACGAUUCCAGCACGGGUCAGAUUGAGCAGGUGCUCGUCUUUGGUGUGGUGAUGCUGGUGGUCAUCUCGGCACGCAAGGCCGUGCAUGUGAGCGAGACCAACCAGAUCAGUCUGAAGCAAUUGAUCGCCCCACUCGUGGAGUCAGAUGCCGUGGCAGUGUUCAAGGAUCCCUACUUGAACGCACCAGAUGACUUGGUGCUGCGCUGGGCUCGCCUUGCCCUCUCCUGCACCGCCAUGCCUGCGGCCUCCCGCCCCUCCAUGAAUCAAGUGCUGGGGGAGCUGGUGAAGUUGAAGCAGGAGGCUCUUGCAGCACAUGAGAGCCAUGUGGGCGAGGCCAAAUCUCGCAUUGACAUGGAGCUUGGGAGUUCCAUUGGCUCCUCCAGCUUCACUGCUGAAAUGGCCCGUGCGGAGCGCGAGGGCAUGCCAAGUGGCUCUUCCACGUAA